CGGGCUGCUGUCUCAAGUCGGGUAGAAUGUAUCCGGAGUUCACCGUUUUUUUGUUUUUUUUUUUCAUUUAGAGAAUGGCGACUGCUGCUUGCAGUUCGCACAGUGCUUUGAAUAAUAGCAGUAAACCUCUUAAAGAUCGUCAGAGGAAAAGUAGAGACUCCCGGCGAAGGCAGGCCGCCCUGUCUUUCCUAAACAAUAUUUCUCUUGAUGGACGGCCCAUUUAUCACCUGAGCAAUGGUAACUAUAACCACAAAAACAGAGAGGCCGAGAUCCAGGAUAAAGAAGUCCGGGCUUCAGCGACCAGCUAUGGAACCGUCUUGCCAGCCGCCUUGAGCGGCGCUUCUGCUACUCAAGCGCCGAGGAGCGGUGUUGUCAACGGACCCCCGAUCCUGGUCCUUCCCAGUAACUCCGAAGUUAACAGUGUUUUUGGCAGUGAGGUGUUUUUAGAAGGAAGCGGGGUCGGCCCUUUAACACAGCAAGGAACAUUUCUUCUACUGUCACCGAGCGGUCUGCCACAAACUCCUCUCCUAGGGAACUGCUGUACCAAGCCUCCCACUCUACUCUCAGUACAAAACUGCAACACUUUGAAUUUAGACACACAGAAGCACAGAUCUAGGAAUUGGUCAGGUCCCCUACAUCCCAGAGGUGUGAAGAAAGUUCACUUUAUCAAGAAUAUGAGACAAUAUGACACCAAAAACAGCAGGAUAGUUCUUAUCUGUGCCAAAAGGUCUUUGUGUGCUGCAUUUUCAAUACUGCCUUAUGGAGCAAGUUUUCACAUCAGUGACCCCAAGCUGGACGGGCAGAGGCAGAGGCACUCUUCAGGUGGCACAGCCUCCACCACAGAGAUGGUCCCAAGACUGGAGGGAGUCGAGCUUGGAGCCGACGGAAAGACCGUUUCAUAUGCUAGAUUCCUGUACCCAACCAAUGCAUUGGUUAAGCAGAAGAAUCCACCACCUGAAAUUGUCGUUCCAACACCACGUGCCAAUGUUAAUAGAAGUUUCACUCCAGCAAGGUUCACCAGUACUUCUACAGCCUCAGAACUAGGUGACACUGGAGAUGUGGCAGAAUAUGAUCCAAAUCUCCUCAGCGAUCCUCAGUGGCCCUGUGGGAAACACAAGAGGGUCCUCAUCUUCGCGUCCUACAUGACAACCGUAAUAGAAUAUGUGAAGCCAUCUGAUCUUAAAAAAGACAUGAACGAAAUGUUUAGGGAAAAGUUUCCUUACAUAAAACUUACACUGAGCAAGAUAAGAAGCUUGAAGCGGGAGAUGCUGAGAGUGGCAGAGGAGUGCAGCCUGCAGCCGGUGACGGUGGCCAUGGCAUAUGUCUACUUUGAGAAGCUGGUGCUACAGGGCCGUCUCAACAAACAGAACCGGAAGCUGUGCAGUGGGGCCUGUGUGCUGCUGGCAGCCAAAAUCAGCAGUGACCUCAAGAAGCUGGAAGUCCAGCAACUCCUUGAUAAACUAGAAGAGCGAUUCCGUAUAAACCGAAGAGAAUUGAUACUGUUUGAGUUUACCGUCCUUGUUGCUUUGGAGAUGGCCCUCUAUCUUCCUGAGAGCAAAGUAAUGCCUCACUAUAGGCGUCUCAUCCAGAAACCUUAGUCCCAGUCGUGCUUCUGAUACAGGGCACCCCUGAGAUGCUGCACUGUAAAAAAUAAACUACCAGAGUUUUAAAAAUCUUUCCCAAACUUGCCAAAAAGCAUGAUACCAAUAAUAUGCACCUUUUAACAUGACCAUUAUUCCGUCCAUUUUGCUGUCCAAAUUUAGCAUUUAGUUUUCCAAAUUAAAGAUAUGAAAUGCAAGAUGCAGGUGUUAUGUAGCAAAAACCCAACAUUUCUUGAAGCAUAAGGAAUGGCCCAGCUGAGUUGCUGACUUGUGUGUAAUCGUUCCUUGUAUUUUUAUGUCCUGUCAGUUCUCAUGUUUUAUGUACAAACAAUAUGUUGAACUUCAUUUUAACUGAAGUUAGUUCAUUACUUCCAGUAAAUGGAACAUUUUAUGACUACUAAUAUUUGUUAAUCAUAAAUUAGAAAAUGUUCCCAAAUAUGUGUUUGCUGAAGUAUUCUAUAUGCAUUUCAAUAAGUGAUUAAUAAAGAGUAAUCAAACACUUAGCCUGUAGGGUUAGGGGUUUUAUCUAAUAUGGGGUUUUAACUAAUUUUACCAGAAUUUUAUUUUACUAUAAUUUCUGGUUUAGUUAGAUGUUUAUUUGUUUCUGAUUUAGUGCCAUUAUUUAUGUUCCUAUUUUUUUAUAUUUUAUAAUUUAUAUAUAUAUAAAAAAAACAUAUGCAAGUUCUUUUGACACUCUUUCUUUCAGUGAACUGUUAGCACAAACAAAUAGCUGCAAUGAAAGACAUUAACUGCAAAGAUUGAAUGGGGUGCUAUUUGUAAAAAGCUUGCUCUUCCAAAUCUGGUUCUAUGGACAUGGCAUUUUGUUGCACACCCAGUCCAGCACUCUAUGUUAGAGAUGUUACAUUUAAGCACAUUUUACAGUGCUAUGAUGUUAAAACUUCAAUAAUGUUGUACUUGUCAGUCUGUUUUAUUGUUAAGCUGUGUGUUUUGCAGUAUAUGGCAACUCGAUAUUAGGGAUUUUUAAAGCUCCCCCCCCCCCACCCCCUUUUUACUUGAAUCCAAUUGAUAUUGUUAUGAUUUCUUUUUAAAGCACAAUGUACAUUAUAGCAAGUAAUACAAAUACUUCUAUACUGUGUCAGUAUAUAAAAUGUGUCCAGUUAAUGCUAGUAAACGUCAGUAUCCACUAGAAAAGCAAUUACAGUAACUUAAUCUAGCUUGUUCUUUUAAAUGUUUUAUCUUUACUGUGAUUUGUAUGUUUUUCGUAGUCAUUUGUUUGUGGUUUGCAUAAUUUGGUGGUACUUUUGCAAUGGUUGUAUGUACUGAAAUUGAGAGAAAUAUAUAUAUAAUAUAUUGCUUUUGUCUGUUUUCACACCUGGGUGGGGAAUAAAAUAAAACUGUUAUAAUGUUAAGUAAUAACUGCAAUAGCAUUAUCCUACUACAUUUUGAGCUUUGUAGACAACUUGAUCUGUUCACCACUAGUGGUGAAAAAUAUUUUCUGUCAUAUAUUACAGUCCAAUACAAGUGUCAAAGUUAAUUUUGAUAUUUGCACUUUGUCUGAAAACUGAAGUAUCCUAGCCCAAAAAUAAUGAAUAAUAUAAUGUUUUAUUUUUUAUAAAGCCUGUAAUAUUAACAUUGCAAAUGCCAGCCUGUGGUGGGAAACUGCUAUGACAUCACUGCUUAUGUGCAGAGAAAACUUGUUCAGCAUUGUUCAAAGCCAGCAGUCAUAUUUUAUGUUCUCAGGAAGGAAGAAAGAAAAAUAAACAUCUUAUUUUUUUAUAA